AUGACGUACAGCGUUCAAAGUAAGGAGGACAUGGAGAAGCAGAUCAAUGAAGCGGGUGAAAAACUAAUUGUCAUUGAUUUCUAUGCCAGUUGGUGUGGACCAUGCAAGAUCAUUAGCCCCAAAUUGGAGGAAUUGUCUGUUCAAUAUUCUGACAAAGCGUUAGUUUUAAAAGUGAAUGUCGAUGAUUGUGAGGAAAUCGCUUUAGAAUACAAUGUAACAAGCAUGCCGACGUUUGUUUUUAUGAAAAAUCGUCAAAUAAUAGACAUUUUUGUCGGCGGCAAUCCAGAAAAAUUGGUAAAGAAUAUGGAGAAAUACGUUGGUGGCGAGCCGUUGCCAGUUUAUGUAGAUAAUCCUAUAGAAAGUGAUGAUCUGGAAGAAGAGCAGUUAGAAACAGCCUUGGACACUGCACCAAUAGAAGCCGCUGUCGAAGAUCAACAACAGGUUAUCAAUUAA